AUUGUUUCGAAGCGAACAUGCCCUGGGUCAGCCUCCAUGCUAAUAAUACCUCUGGGUUAUUAAUCCCGUUUCUCAAUAAGAUGACACGAUCCGGCUGGCGAUGCGGUGAAUGCAGCUUCUUUAUCUUUGUUUGUCCUUGAGGGAGCGAAUUUGGAUGGAAGACAGAUAAGCGGCGAGUUUUGACGCAGCGACAGUUGCGUAUGAAGCCCAACGAACGACGAUAGCAGCAUCGAUAUCGCCCAUCGCCAUCGCCGUUAUCUAGAGCGACGCGAAGAAGAAGAAGAGAGCUGGCGAAUUCUUUCUCUCUCCAUCCCUUGAAUUGAAUAUUAUUCUCGACGGGAUUCUCGCAAGCCGCCAUGGAGCCCAUCCACGAGGCCGAGGCCAGCAGCGUCUCUCCGCCUACGAGGCCGGUCUUUAAUCGAGUCCACUACGACCUCAGUCUCGACACAAACUCUCCGACUUCGCCUCCCCAGGCUGAUGUGCAGCGCCUCUCGCGCUCCGACACGGCGGUUCACCGCGAGCCGUUUUCGCCGUUGCGCCGUCGACGAAGCACUCGUGUCGCGACCUUUAGAACCAUUGACGACACCGACGACUUCGAUUUCGAUGCCACCUACACAGAGCGUCCAGGCUGGCAGCCGGGCUCGGAACCUGGGUUCGAUCCGAAUUUGCCUGAUGGCGGGCAUGCUUCGAUGCCGACGCUGAGCGCGCCGUGCGAGAUUACCGUUGUGGACUUUUCAAAGGACAGGAUGGCUAAGAAACACUUCGAUAAUGAUGGCUUUGUGUCGUUUCUGACGGAGCCCAAGGAGGAGUGGGCAAAGUGCCGUUGGAUCAAUAUCAAUGGGCUCUCUUGGGAUGUGAUUCAGGCGGUUGGCGCGCAUAAGGGCUUGCAUAAGCUUGCGCUGGAGGAUAUCAUGAAUAUUAGGAACAGGACCAAGGCCGACUGGUACCCGAGCCACGCCUUUAUCGUCAUGACGCUGCAGAAGCUGGUCCAUCUUGUUGACGAGGACGACGACUCUGACGUGAGCAGCCUCUUGUCGUCGCGGUCUACGUCGAAGCUCAAGAACUUGUUUCGUGGGUUUGGCCGCAGCAAGGAGAGCAAAGUUCCUGGGUCGGGCUCUUCGUCGGACCCUGAGAAGCGGACUGUUACAAAGUGCAUGACGGAGCUGUCUGAGACGCCGGAGCUGCAUGAGACGACCAUGAUUCGGUCGCUGCAGCGGUAUCAUGCUUCGGGGAAUGAGAUUCGAACGGAGUACAUGGAGGCGAAUUCGAUUCUUGCGCCGCUCAACUUGGCUGUUGCGGCUGAGCAAGUGUCCAUCUUCUUGACGGCCGACAACACUGUUAUUUCCUUCUUUGAGGUUUCUGCUGGAGACGUUGAGAGGCCCAUUGUCACCCGUCUUAGCAACCCGGGUACGGUCCUGCGUGAAUCCUGCGAUGCCUCACUGUUAGUUCAGGCGAUCAUUGAUGCCAUUAUCGAUCUCGCCAUUCCCCUGACAGCUGUCUACAACGACGUGCUCGGCGAUCUGGAGUUGGACGUGCUCACUUCGCCCAGCAUCAAGCAGUGCAAGGACCUCUACAUCUGCAUCAGCGAAAUCAACAAGAUGCUGCGCUUCCUCAACCCCAUCGACAACCUCGUCAACGUCCUCCGCGACCACCGCACCUCCCUAACCCACGAGCAAGCCGUCCUCGAGCUCGAGAACCCGGCCAGCGGCGUCAUCGUCACGCCCAUGACGCACACGUACCUGGGCGACGUGCUGGAUCAUUGUAUUAUUAUCACGGAGGCGCUGGAGCAGUGCAAGCAGAGCAGCGAGAAUUUGAUUAAUCUGAUUUUCAACACGAUUUCGGCGAACCAGAAUGAGAGCAUGAAGCAGUUGACGACGGUGACGAUUAUCUUUUUGCCGUUGACGUUUAUUACGGGGUUCUUUGGGCAGAAUUUCCCGCCGGAUGGGUUUCCUGAGAUUAAUAAUGGGAUAUGGUACUUCUGGGCUUGUGCUGUUCCAACGGCGUUUGCGACGGUGCUUAUUCUCAUGCGCGAAAUGAUUUAUGCGUGGUUCGUGCGUGUGAUUCAGAGGAAGAGGGUGUUGAGUAACAGGAAGAGGAACAAGGCGAAGAGAAAGACGAGGUGAUUUUGGGAUAUGACAAUUCUUGCUCUAUGUUUGAGGAGAAAAGGUCGUCUUGUUGUGGAUAAUAGUGGAAAAUGUCGAGAUACCCUUGAAUGCUAUCCGUCUUGGUAUAUAUAUGCUUUUGUUAAUCAUGAUUCUUUUACUUCUAUUAUGUGCAUAACAUUAUCUUGUAGGAGGGCGAUGAGAAUACCCAUCAUAGACCAAAGGAGAUAAGAAACCUCAUAAUCUCAUUACAUUACACUGAAUAGCCAACAACCCGUUCAGACAACAUACCGCUCCUCAUCAAGCAGCGUCUUCUCUUUCCAACUCUCCUCCACCCACUUCUCGCUCACCAACCUUGGCAUCUUCCGCCUUGAACUCAAUCUCGAGCGUAACUUGUCGCCCACAUCCCCGAUCUCCAUCACAUCGUCUCCCAGAACAACAAUAUGCGUGACAGUCUCGUCGUCUAGCUCCUGGCUGCACGAUCCACCGCC